ACAAAUCAUGCUUAUAACCAUAAUUAUAAUUUUAAAUUUAUUCAGGGGUAUGAACAAAAGAGUGCAAUACUUGGAAAAAAUGUUGUAAAUGGGAAAUAUAAUUGCUGCUUCCUACGUCUGGAACAUUUUAAUAAAUGUCAUAGCUGCCUAAAAAUUUCCCAUUCUGGAGGGGAAAAACGCAUUGUAAGAACUUUACUCUUUAUAUAGUUGAGAAAAAGCAAUCUCAUUAUUGCAUGAACGUAACUUAGUAUCAAGAUUUCUGGACACUCAAAGCAAGAUGUGCCAUUUUAUCAAGAAUACAAUGUUGGCUGCUGUAAUCCUCUUCAUCAUAGUUAACAUGCUGUGCAGAGUGCCUGUAGUAUCUGCGGCUGAUCUGGACUGCUGUAUUUCAUACUCAAACAGACCACUGCCCAUGAAAUACAUACGAGGUUUCACUGAGCAGAAGGCAAAUGAAGUCUGUGAUAUUGAUGCAGUUAUAUUUCAUACUAUUAGAGGCAUCCGUGUCUGCUCAAACCCCAAAGACAACUGGGUAAGAAGGAAUCUUCACUAUCUGAGCAAACAACUUCAGAAGAUCUCUGAGAUGACAGAAGGAACAUCACCAGCUCCAAAAUAAAUAUCGAUGGACUGAUACUUAUUUAUUAAAGUUAAUUUGUGGUCUAAAUUACUAUUUUCCAAGAAAAUUCACAACUGACUCUGCAUUAUUGAUGGGGAUGCAAAGUUACAUUUAUGACCUGUUUUAUGUCAAGUUCUAUUUUAGUAAGCUAUUGAGUCUUUUGUUUACCAAAUAUGCUGCAUAAUAAGUGCUAUAUGUGGCACUUUUUUACCAAAUAUGCUGCAUAAUAAGUGCUAUAUGUGGCAGUUCUCAUACUUUGUUUUCUGACUACAUUUUAUAAUGUGCAUUGUAAGCAAACAGCAUUACUUAGGGAGUGAUUUUCACAUCAGAUUAAAAGCAUUUUGAGGUAAAAUAUGAAUUCUCUUCAGCUCAAAAUCUGUUGCAGACAACAUAUUAAACAGAACUGUUAAAAAAGAAUAAACACUGAUUUCAAAUAAUGUAAAAAAUACUUUUAGUACAUACUUGUGCAA